AUGAUCAACGAGGAAAUCGUCGACCUCAACAAUAGAACUGUUGCUCUGCUCCAAGAACAAGAUUUCAUAGAAGCUAUAGAGAACUCUUCGAUGGUGCUGCGUCGACAUCGCGAAAUCUAUCAGACUUCAUCACGGCAAGCUUCCUCCUCUGGCGAUGAUUCUUUGGAUAAGUGCAUGCUUCGAUCUGGAACGGAUGAAAAUAGAUACUACGCCGACAAUACCUUCAUCUAUGACCAUGGUAUUGUGAUUCCCACAUCGGCGAAUGGUGUUUCAAGCAUGGUGGCUGCCAUUCUAAUUUUCAAUUGUGCACUUUCUCACCAGCUACGUGCACAACAGGUGUCUCGUGGCCGCUCGCGACAUCAUCUGUCGAGUGCAAAACGUCUGUAUGAGCUGGCACACGGCGUAUGCAAUGAGGAUCCGAACUUCUUGUUUCAUUUUGUGGUUAUCAAUAACAUUGCAGUGAUUGAUCGACGUUUAGGUCAGAACGAAAUCUCAGCGCAACGCUUUCAGCAGCUACUGGCCGUACUGAUGCUUUUGAUCGAUCAAGGCAAUACUAAGCGAGUACGCCACGUGCAAGGCUUCCUUGCGAAUGUCAUCACCACAACUGACACUGCACCUGCUGCAUGA